GAGGUAGAACGGAGACACGAGGCAGACAGUGCGUACCCGGGACGAUCUUCCAAUAUAGACAAAGAACUGGAAGAGAGAAGAAAGAAGACUGAUUUGCGUCAUUUCGUAAUGAUUGAGACACUCCGCUUGGCGCUAGCAUGCUGGAUACUCAUACUGUGGACGCACAGAGCGGCUGGAGCAGGCUAUGAUCGGCAGAUGGAGAGGAUCCCAUCGGGAACUGGUCAGCUCGUCUUUGCCACAGAUGGGUGGGCGAGUGCUGUAGCAUGCAGGCAACUUCCGCCUGGUUGCUCAACCUUCCACUUUGUUUCAGUCUGUGUCAGGCAGAAUCCAUCCGAAAGACAAAAGAUAAGGGGAAAGAAAAAAAAAAAAAAAGGCCAAUGAUCAAUGAUAAGGAUAAAGAUAAGGUCGUGAAUACAUCGGAAUGUCAAGAAACAACGUGACGUGGGAAUCCAUGGCGCCAGAACACUCUUUUAAAUACCACCGACC